AAUCUGUGACAGGAUUAAAGACGGCGCGAGAGCCGUUCUGUUUAGGUAAUCCAGUAAUGGAAAACUAAUUUUUUUUUUUUUUUUUUUUGUUCAGUUCAGUCGCCUGUGUGUGGCUGCACGCAGCCAAUCUCCACAAGCAUUCAGAUCUUUAAAUAGACAGCUAUUUUAAUGCAAAAGCAUAACAGACACUUGAAGCCAUGUGGAGCAUGUGUGGGAUUUGAUUUGUGGGAAGCAGCCUGACAACGCCUAAGGCGACCCCGAGCGGAGCGAGUCCGAUUCAGAGCCACCUGAGAGUAAGAUACACCCGUUUUCUUCUUUCUGCUCUUUUUUUGUUGUUGUUGUUUUUUUGUUUUUUUUGACGAUGCCGGUCAGCCGACCCCUCGCAUAGAAUUUUUGUUUUUUUAUUCCCACAAAGCUUGUUUCCUACAGAGAAGCGAUGUGCAAAUGCUUGACUCCAAACUGCUAAAGGUGGCUACAUAAGCAACUGCAGAAAAACCAAUUUCUCACCAUAUACAUCUUUGAAAUUGACUUUUUUGGAGGAAAUUUCCUUGCUGUAUUGUAUCAGAGGUCCAUCUGAAGCUCGGCAAGAAAAUAACCACAUCAUGUCAUACCGAUCUAAACUCCCUGCGUCCUGGAACGAUAAACCACCGCCGCGUAAAGUGGAAAUUGAUCUGAGUUCUCCCGGCUUGGCUGUGUUUGAGCUGGAAAGACUACUGUUUACUGGUAAAGCCAUCAUCAGCCAUGCUGAUGAAGUGUGGCCGAGGCUUUACAUCGGAGACCAACACAGUGCAGACAACCGGGCCGAUCUUUCCUUGCACCGCAUCACGCACAUCCUGAAUGCCGCUCACAGCAAACGGCGAGGAGGAGCGGAUAUGUACGGGGGCAUGAACAUCACCUACAUGGGCAUUGAGGCCCACGAUGCCUGUGACUUCGACAUGAGUGUCAACUUCCAGACUGCAGCAGAUUUCAUCCACAGAGGUCUUAGUGGGGGAGGCAAAGUCUUGGUGCACUGCCAUGUAGGAGUGAGCCGCUCCGCCACACUGGUCCUGGCCUAUCUGAUGCUGAAGCAGAACUUGACCCUGGUGGAGGCUAUCUGCGCCGUCAAGGACAACAGGGGUGUCAUUCCUAACCGAGGCUUCCUCCGACAGCUCAUCAAACUGGACGGCCAGCUCUUCGGAUCCCAUCGCUGAACCUACCUGACCGGGGGGGAUACAGUCAGCCACACAGUAUUUUCACUAAGCACCAGAGAAGAGGAGUCUGGUUAACUGAAUGGCUUGCAUGCUUGUGUAUAGGCAAGAGCAAAACUGAUCUCUCAGUGUUGAUGAUGCUAUAAGAGAAAGAGGGAAUGGAAGAUGGGACCGUCGGGGAAUAAGGGAAAUUGAAGCAGUUAUUUUUAAGUGUAAAAAUUGGAACAAAAAAAAAAUCUCUUGCAACACUGCUGUUUAUGAAAUGACAUAUAUUUCUGACUGUGUGUGUUUCAAUUUGGUACCAGUUCGUACAUAAUAAACAAUAUUCAACC